AGUCAUCCGAGUGUGGGAAUUGAAGUAUGAACAAGUGGCACAAUUUCACAAGUUUUCAUUUGAUCCAUUAUUUCUUCUGAUCCAUAUACAUUUAUUACUAUAUUAAUCUCUCUCUCUCUCUCUCUAGUCCAUUGUAGUUUUUCUUCGUAAUUGUUCGUUGUAUAUUACGCGCAAGGUAAUCUGGACUACGUUUUCUGAUUAUGCGAAUCAAUUUCAUCAAUGCUAAAUCUUUAGGAAGCUCAAAGUGAUGGGAUGUUGUUGUUUUCGUGCCUUCUAGUGAGGAUAGGUUGAGAUUUAAGAUGGCAGAAGGUGAAUCAGCAGACUUGGCUCAGUUGGAGAAUGAUCCAUCUGUCCGCCAAGUUGUUGCAAAUGGGGCUCGCAUGAGAACAAAUGUGGUCGAAGCAAAGCUCGACGAGGGAAACAUUCAAGAGGCUGAAUCUGCAUUGCGAGAAGGCUUAUCACUCAAUUUUGAGGAAGCAAGAGCUCUUCUUGGAAAAUUAGAGUAUCAGCGAGGAAAUGUUGAGGGUGCUUUACGGGUAUUUGAUGGCAUUGACCUUCAAGAAGCCAUACAACGGAUGCAACCUUCAAUAAGUGAUAAGCAGGCUCCCAAAAAGGGUCGCUCUCGGACUGAAUCAAUAACUGCUGUGCCACAGAAUGCCUCUAGUGUUGUGCUUGAGGCAAUAUAUCUAAAAGCCAAGUCUCUUCAGAAGCUGGGAAAAUUAAGUGAGGCUGCUGAGGAGUGCAAACGUGUGCUUGAUGCAGUAGAAAAGAUAUUCUCUGAUGGUAUACCUGAUGUGUGGGUAGAAAAUAAGCUUCAAGAAACCGUCAGCCGUGCUGUUGAGCUUCUCCCUGAGUUAUGGAAGCUUGCUGGAUGCUAUUCUGAAGCGGUGUCUGCAUACCGCCGAGCGUUACUAAGUCAGUGGAAUGUUGACAAUGAAUGUUGUGCAAGGAUUCAAAAAGCAUUUGCAGUUUUCUUGCUGUAUAGUGGGAUAGAGGUUGGCCCGCCCAAUUUAGCUGUACAAACUGAAGGUUCUUAUGUACCUAAAAAUAAUUUGGAAGAGGCUAUUUUACUUUUGAUGGUUCUUAUGCGAAAGUGUUACCUAGGUAAGAUCAAAUGGGACCCAUCGGUACGAGAGCACCUUACUUUUGCUCUAUCUAUAUGCAGUCAAACUUCAGUUUUAGCAAAACAACUUGAAGAGGUAAUGCCAGGGUUGAUACAUCGUGCUGAGCGAUGGAAAACUAUGGCAUUGUCCUUUAGUGGAGCUGGACAGAAUAAUUCUGCCUUAGAUCUUCUGAGGAAGUCUCUACACCAGCAUGAGGAACCCGAUGACAUCAUGUCAUCACUGCUGGCAGCCAAAAUAUGCAGUGAGAAUGUGUUUCUUGCUGCUGAGGGAGUAAAAUAUGCUAACAGGGUAAUUGCUAAUGCACAUGGAUCAAAUGCACAUUUAAAAGGGGUUGGCCUCCGUAUGUUAGGCCUUUGCUUGGGAAAGCAAGCCAAAACCUCGUCCUCAGAUUUUGAGAGAUCUCGUCUUCAGUCAGAGGCUCUAAAAUCAUUAGACAGUGCAUUAGCCCUGGAGCCUAAAAAUUCAAAUCUGAUAUUUGAGUUAGGACUUCAAUAUGCUGAGCAUCGAAAUCUGGAUGCAGCUUUGCGGUACGCAAAGCAGUACUUGGAUGCAACAGGAGGAUCCAUGAUAAGAGGUUGGAGACUGCUUGCUUUAGUUUUAUCUGCCCAGCAACGCUUUUCCGAGGCUGAAGUGGUUACUGAUGCCGCUUUAGAUGAAACUUCAAAAUGGGAUCAAGGACCCCUCCUCAGGAUGAAAGCAAAGCUAAAAGUUUCUCAGUCCCAACACAAGGAUGCCAUCGAGACUUACCGUUAUCUUCUUGCGUUGGUACAAGCCCAACGAAAAUCUUCUGGACCUCUUGCAACUGGAUCUCAGAUGGAGGAAGAUAACAUAAAUGAGUAUGAAGUUUGGCAUGGACUAGCAAAAUUAUACUCUAGCCUUUCUCAUUGGAAGGAUGCAGAGGUAUGUUUGGGAAAAGCUAGAAAACUGAAAGAGUAUUCAGCAGAAACACUGCACACAGAAGGCGUUAUCCAUGAAAAACAAGGACAUACAAGCGAGGCUUUGGCUUCUUAUAUCAAUGGCCUUCUGUUGGAACCAAGAUAUGUACCUUGCAAGAUUUUACUUGGCGCUGUGUUGUCUAAGAUCGGAAGCAAGAUGUUGCCAGUGGCUAGAACUCUACUUUCAGAUGCAUUAAGGAUUGAACCUACCAAUUCUAUGGCAUGGUACCAUUUAGGGACGGUUCACAAGGAGGACGGACGGAUAGCUGAUGCUGUGGACUGUUUCCAGGCAGCUUACAUGCUCCAAGAAUCUGAACCAAUAGAGAGCUUCAGCACCAUCCGUUGAUCUUUCUUAAGUAGUCGACGUUUAAUUCUUUGAUUCUUUCUUAACUUAGAGUUUCUCUAUCAUAUCACAGCAAAUACAAUUCCAGGUAUAGGAAAAAGUUCAACUGCAAUCACUUGGUAGUCAAGUUCCCUGAUUGUUGUCCCCGCUGAAUCCAUAUACUCCUCAGACGGUCGUUUGAAGAUGCCGAUACCUAUAAAAGGUUUGUUAAUAGAGAAAAAUUGAUUAGUUUUCGGGGAUUGUAGUGUGAUCAGUAGCAAAUGUCUGUUUAUAAACUGUGAGAGCUAUUACCCUGUAUUUCAUUUUAGAAAAUUGUGCAAUAAUUUUGUUACUGCA